AUGUAUCCUUUCCAGAGAUCUCCCUCCGUGGGUCUGGGUUCCAACGAACUCCCCUCGCAGAACUCGGUGCAUAGAUCCGGCUCUGGAAUUCCGAUGCACUGGAAUGCCGUUUACUACGCUAAUUGGCGGGCGAAUGACAUGCCGCCUCCCUCGUCAUUGAAUCUAGGUUAUAUUUCCCAUAUAUUCUAUGCAUUUGCCUGCAACGAAUGGGUGGACGAACGCCAGCCAGUUGAUGGCACCGAGGGAUAUCUUCGGGCACUCGUCCACCGAAAGCGCGACUCCAAGGUAAAAGUGCUUCUUUCAAUUGGGGGUGGGGGUAACGGAGGCGAUAUCGUAGGCAGCAGGAAUUUCGCUGCUGUCGCGGCGAGCCCAGUAGCAGUCGAAAGAUUUCUGUCAAGCGCCGCAGACCUGAUGCAUAAAUUUCAACUUGAUGGGCUUGACAUAAACUGGGAACACCCCGAAACACUAGAACAGGGGUACGACUACAACACCCUACUCUACCGGCUACGUGAACGAUUCCCAAGCCCAGCCUACCUCCUCACCACCGCCCUCUCCGCCGGCGAAUGGGUCCUGAGCAAAAUAAACCUCGUCGAAGCCCACCUCUACGUCGACCUCAUAAACCUCAUGACAUACGACUUCUCCGGCCCCUGGAUGCCCCUCAGUGGGCACCACGCCCAACUCUACGCGCCGCCGGACCCGCAAAAAGCAACCUUGGAAGCGACGGCGGCGACGACGACGAGUGCCACCACGUCGGGUUCCUCAGGGGUCGCCUAUCUGCUAAGCUGGGGCGUACCGGCUGGUAAAAUCCUCCUGGGGAUCCCCGUCUAUGGCCGUGCGUUUCCGGGUGCGAAUGGGAUUAAUCAGCCGUAUGAGCGGGGGACGGCGGGAGGGGAAAAGGUGUUUGAUUACCGUGAGCUACCGCUGCCGGGGACGGAGGAGGUGCACGAUGCCGUGUUUUGUGCGGCGUAUUGUGUUGAUUUCGGCGGCGGCGGCGGCGGCAGCAGCAGCAGCAGUGGUGGUGGUGGUGGUGGUGGUGGUGGUGAAGGGCCCGCGGCUGGCUUCAUUUCGUACGAUUCGCCCAGGACGGUGAUGCAGAAGGCACAGUUUGUAUCGGAGUAUGAGCUGGGGGGGCUUUUUUAUUGGCAUCUUGCGGCGGAUGCGGAGGUGGGAACGGAGCGGAGUCUGGUCGCCACUGGGUAUCGUGCGUUGCAUUCGUGGAUGAUGUCGACGUCCAAUGGCGGGGCGGGGGGGAAGAGGAGAAGAGGAGGAGGAUGA